AUGGUGAUGCUGUGGACAGCCGGCGACGUCUUCAAGACCGUCUACUUUGUGAUGAACGAGAGCCCGGCUCAGUUCUGGGUGUGCAGUUCGGUCCAGAUCCUGAUCGACGUGGCCAUCCUGCUGCAGCAGAAGAUAAAACAAGCUUUUGUUUCUCUCUCUCUCUCUGUUCUUGCAGAUAGCUUGUCGCCUCCUGUCAAUGUGACCAUCAGCGCAGUGAAAGCCAACUCUGCUGUGGUGACAUGGGACAUCCCAGAGGGAGACCCCGUUAUUGGCUUUGCCAUCACACAGCAGAAGAAAGACGUGCGCAUGCUGCGAUUCAUCCAGGAAGUCAACACCACCACACGCUCCUGUGCAUUAUGGGACUUGGAGGAAGAGACAGACUACAUUGUGCAUGUCCAGUCCAUCAGCAUGUCUGGGUCGAGCCCGCUGAGCGAACCCCUUCGCUUCCGAACGCCCAAGGAGGCCGAGACCCAGGCCUCUAAGAGUAAAGCCGCCCGCACUCAGAGAUGGGGGGAGCUGUCUGACUCUGUGGAGGACAGAGAUGGGGGGAGCUGUCUGACUCUGUGCUGGUUGCUGCAGGGUGAAGACACUGACCGGCUGUGUGGAGCCAUCGCUGCCAUCGCCGAGGUCUUCAAGCUGACAGACCCCACCCUGCUGUUCCUGGAGGUCACCACGCUGGUGUCCAAGUACCCCGACAUCAGGGAGGAGCACAUCCAGGCGUUGCUGGCGGUGCGGGGCGACGCCAGCAGGGAGAUGCGGCAGAUGAUCAUCGGGACUCUGAGCGAGAACAAAGUAACUUACUCUGCUGUCACACAGCCCAUCUUCAAAGACAUCGCUGUGCCAACCAUCACCAACACCAUGACGUCCAUGACCUCCAUGGCAACCGCAAAGCUGCUCAAAUAGAGCCAGUCACCGUGACACUAUGUCCACCUUCAGAAUCCAUAACAUAAGCACAUUUCAUUUUAUUGUUUAAUUAUGUUUGCUGUGCUUCUCUCCCCACCCUUAAUGUUUUUAUUGUCACCCUGAUCACUUCUGCUUCAGCAAAUAAUACAAUUGUAGUUGUAAUAAUGAGUUGGAUGAAAGAAAGAGAAUGAAUAAAGAAAGACAUCUUCAAGAUUA